AUGACCAUCGCGGAGAGCGUGCCGCGCCACAACGACGUGGUGCACUGCCCAGCGUGCUCCUCGUACCUGAGGCCGCCGCGGUCGUGGAUCCACGCCGCGCCGGACUCGGCAGAGCUCAUGCAGAUCCUCAUCCGCCGCGUCGACCGCCACACCGCCCGCCACGGGGUCGCGAUCGCCGCCGCGGAGUUCGUCGCCGUCCCCACCGAGCCGCCGCACUCCAACUCCAAACGCCUCGCGCUCCGCGUCCGCCUCCGCCGCGAGACCACCCACGGCAUGAUGGUGGAGGAGGACCACGUCGCGGAGUUCGCCGUCCACGACCGCCUCUGCGAUGCCUGCGGCAUGGCCCGGGCCCGGGCCGCCGGCCCCGACCAGCAGUGGUCAGCCGUCGUGCAGGUGCGGCAGCGCGCGUCGCACCGCCGCACGCUCAUCCACCUCGACCAGCAGAUCGUCAGGCACGGCGCUGCGGACUCGGCCGUCCGCGUGGACGGCAGCUCGGGCGGGCUCGACUUCUACUUCGCGUCGCGCUCCCACGCCGCGCGCCUCGUCGAGUUCGUCUCGUCCGUCGCGCCCGCCCGCGUCAUCGGCGUCGCGAGGCAGCUCGUCUCGCAUAACAAUUUCAGGGACGCCUUCUCCGUGGAGCUCUGCGCGAUCUGCCGCGACGACCUCAUCUUCCUGCCCAGGGAGGCGUCCCGCACGCUCGACGGCCUGGGUCCGCUCGUGCUCUGCGUCAAGGUCAGCAAGUCGGUCUCGCUGCUCGACACCAACAGCAUGCGCCUCGUCGCCAUGAGCAUCGCGGAGUACGACCGGUACAGGUUCGAGCCCCUGCUGAGCAGCCGCCGGCUCGUGGAGUACGUCGUGCUCGACGUGGAGCUGGAGCUGCGCCAUCACGACGUCUUCGUCCCGGUGCUCGGCGGGCUCGGCUCGACGUACCCUAUUGCAUGGGUGCAGAUCGCCCGCGCGUCGGACUUGGGCAAGAACAACACCGUCUUCACCGUGAAGACGCAUAUCGGCUGGCGGCUGAACCCUGGGGACCAUGUGCUAGGGUACGACCUCUGCAACGUCAACUCUUGUAACAACCAGGACCUGGAGAGCUAUGGGCAGCGCCACGAGUUACCUGACGCAGUGCUCGUCAAGAAGAGGUACAAGUGGAGCGCGGGUAAGAUGAUGCAGGAGCAGGACGGCAGCAGCAGCGGCAGCGAGCGAGGCUGCGCUGGGAUUGAAGAACUUGCCAUGGGUAUUGGAUGCAUCGAGCUGAAUCCGUCCGACGACAAGAUGAGCUGCUCGAGGACCUCUCCAUUUGAUCGGCUGCGAGUUGCAUUGCAUAGAAAUAAUAUGGAAAUAAUGGAAGUAUGCGUGCUCUGA